AUGAUAGUUGAUUUCAAUUAUGAUGAGCUGGACCAGGAGCCAGAUGAAGAAAAGGGCGUAAAGGGGGCAUGUAGUGAACCUCACCAGUCGGAAGCCCCAUCAAACUUCCGCAUGUUCCAAGGGGUGGAUACAGACUAUCUACGCUCUCUGGAGGAGGCAGUUAUCAGCCUAAAGCUUCAACUCAUUAUGACCAAGGCAAGGGUUGUACGAGCCGAGCCAAAAGUAGAGGUAAUCACCCAAGAGGCGGAUGAACUGGCUGAACUUCUGGUGCAUCACCUUGAUGAUUGA